UCCUGCGGACACUGCUAUGUGCUGAAAUUCGAGGACGUGAGACAUGAUCGUCGCCUGCCGGGAGUCUGAUCCAAACAUGGAUGAUUCUGCAGCUGCCCGCUGAUUCUGCUCUUCUGAUUGCCCAAGGAAAUUUUUUUCAGCGAUACAAUUUUGGAUCUGGAUGGGUCUCUCGCUCUGGCUGGUGCCCAAUCCCACCCACCUGCAACUUAUCCAAAGGGUGUUGCCAAAGCAGCCUGAGACACGAUCAGUAUCCGCUGCUUCCUAUCCAGAGAUCACCCCUCAUAUCACACUGGCAAGCUCAGGAAAAGCAACGCAGGACACAAUCCUACGGUCCCUACCAUCAAUUUUGCGCCCAAUCCCAGUCAAGUUCCAGAAGCUUGAAGUCGGCGAUCAUUAUUUUAGGUCUGUCUUCAUAUCUGUGAAGAAGACGACCGAACUCGUCGCGCUGCAUGAACAUAUUAUGGCCGCGCUUGACAGGGAUGGAGCAUCGCCUUCAGCCCCAGCAUUUCCGCACAUGUCCAUCAGUUAUAUUGCAGAUGAAGACGGGCAUGCAGAGCGGAAUAAGGCCGCUGAUGAACUGCGGGGUGUCACGGUCAUUGAGGACUCAGAGACAGACGAUGCAGACACCGUUGGUCUUCGCUGUGGAGACUCCGAGGAAGGGGGUGUGAGGCUCUCGGGCUUUGAAGGCACGGAAGUGUGGAUCGUCCGGUGCGAAGGACCAGUACAACACUGGCAAGUGUUAGAGAAGAUCGCAGUGACACCAGGCGUUGCCUAGGAUUGAGGACUAGGAUCAGAAUUCAUAGUGACAAUGACGAGACUCCAUUACUGCAGUGUAUGUUUGUUACAUGAUGUACGGAAUAACAAGUUGAGGUGAUAUAAUUCUUUUCGA